AGUUUCAGAUUAAUUUUAGUUACUUUCAGAUAAUUUUUAUAGAAAAGUAGAUAGUCAGGAUGCGUUUAGUUAUAUUAGAGAGCUCAGCUGAGGUGACAGAGUGGGCAGCUCGCUACAUCACCAAGAGGAUCAACGACUUCAAUCCUGGACCUGACAAGUUCUUUGUUCUCGGGUUGCCUACUGGGGGCACACCACUGGGCACCUACAAGAAGCUGGUGGAGUAUCACAAGGCUGGUAAAGUCAGCUUCAAGUAUGUCAAGACCUUCAACAUGGACGAGUAUGUUGGCAUACCCCGCAACCACCCACAGUCAUACCACACCUUCAUGUACGAGAACUUCUUCAAGCACAUUGACAUCGACCCUGUCAAUGUGCACAUCCUGGAUGGCAACGCUGAGGACCUCCAGAAGGAGUGCGACAACUACGAGAAGCUCAUAGCUGACGCGGGGGGCAUUGAGCUCUUCAUGGGGGGCAUCGGGCCGGAUGGACACAUCGCGUUCAACGAGCCCGGGUCCUCGUUGGUGUCGCGCACGCGCGUCAAGACGCUCAACGUCGAGACGAUCGCCGCGAACGCGCGCUUCUUCGGCGACGACCUCAGCCUCGUGCCCAAGCAGGCGCUCACCGUGGGCGUGGGCACCGUCAUGGACGCCAACGAGGUGAUGGUGCUGGUGACGGGGAGCCACAAAGCGUACGCGCUGCACAUGGCCAUCGAGGAAGGGGUGAACCACAUGUGGACGGUGUCAGCAUUCCAGCAGCACCCGCGCACCCUCCUGCUCUGUGAUGAGGAUGCCACGCUUGAGCUUAAGGUCAAGACCGUCAAGUACUUCAAGGACUUGUGGCAGGUGCACAGCAAACUCAUCUGAGCCUCAGCGACAGCAGCGGAGACAUCAGCUCUUAUGAGGAACAAAACAACAACAGACGAACAAGGAGAACAAAUUAGAGUGACAUAAUACGCAUUUAACGCUUAAGUACAAGACUAUAAAUACAUGAACAACACGUUUCCACGUCUGGCCCACACCUGGAGUCUGCUUCUUUCUGUUCACCAAUCAGCGGUAACAUCGAUAGCUUCCUGUGCAAUGCGCUCUCUAGUGAUUAGGUUAGCAUCAUGCUAGUGUCAUGUUAGUGUGAGGUGGUCACCAACCAGUGACUAUCCUGGGGACCUGAGAGUGAUAAGAGUGAUUCUGUGUUGGGAGGAGGGUAGGGGGUUGAUCCUUCGGACCCGUGUCAGAUAAUUCCAGCUACUGACUCACGAGUUGCGUCGAAGGCGGACGAAACUUCACCAGACGCGACUUCAGCUCAGUGCAGGGGCAUCAAGUAGCACCACAUGCGCUACCAUCACUCAUGCUACUGCUCAGCAUUCCUCGCGACCUUCUUUGAACAUACAUUCCAUGUUUUACUGCAUCGAUAAAUGAUUAAAAUGCAUGGAAAUUCCUUGCCAUUUCACAAGACUUCAUUCGAUUGACGUCAAAUUUUUAGCUCAAUGGCCCUUGAUGAAGGUUCCUUCACUGAUCCUACGUCAUGACUGGCCGUCUCAUGAUUUAUUUAUAAUAUAUUCAAUUUAUAAAUGAUUAAUUGAUUUAAAUAAUAAUAUUAAUAAAUAUUGUGGUUAUUUUAGUAAUUAGUAAUAACAAGUUGACAGCAGUGGCCCAUGAGGGCACGCGAGAGUGAAGCCGCCAUACCGGACUGUGCCGGAUUGGGGACUUACCGGAUUGGGGACUUACAAACGAGCUCUCUCUUUAGCGAACAAAUUAUUUAACUAAUAUAAAUGCGUUAUUCGUUAGGGAAAUGAUAAUAGAUGCAAUUUUGAUUGCUUCAAUGUUAAUAUUCGCUGCUGGUUUUGGCAACUGUUGUGUUCGUCGAACCCAAGUAAAUAUAGAGCGCUUGCGAAAUAAUAAGUGCAAUAGUGUGAAGUAUUGCUGACCUUAGGGAAAAUUUGGAAUGACCCAGCUUAUGGUAGCUAUUUUUGUACGUUUUUUAUACAGUAGGAUCAUGAGUCGUAAGUGUGUUACUGUUUCAACUGUUAGUGAAUGAAUAGAUUUGGCUUCUGGUGGCGAUCGUAGCUUUUGGAAUUCUGGAUCAGGAAGAGAGUGAAGAGUUAUGAUUUUAAAUUGUACAUCAAAUUGCACACGAUUCAGUAUAUUAUUAGUAUUUUUUAUUAGUUUAAAAUCAGAAAAAACGCGCUGCCUUGGCCCUGCCAAGGUUUACAUCACUUAUUUAAUUUGUACACAUAAACCGACCGGCCAAGACACGUUCCAUUUCUAACUAGUAAUACUUGCUGUAAGUGUUGCUACUUCCGCACUUUGCUGCCUUACUUUUACUUGUUUUUUAUGUUUGUGGGUUAGCUUGGUUGCUCUAUUGAUCAAACGCUUUAAUAUUGUUAUCGCUUCGUUAGUAGUAUAUAUUUUUGCCGUCAAGCACGUAGGAGAAUACACCCUUGAAAUUGAAUAGACUUGAGGUCGCAUGGCGGCCAUUGCCAAGCCUCCCGGUGUGCUGGCGUAGACUUGAAGUCCAUACGGAACUAAACGAGUUGAGUUUUAAAUUUUGUUAAUGGUGUUGUUUUUCUGCAUUAUUAGCUCAUGGAUCUUGUGCCAUAUCACACGCCCGCAAUCAUCGUAAUAUUUAUGGAGAUUAAUAAUGCCGAUAUUUAUUGUUAUAUUUUAAUUCAAUCUAUUAGUUUCUGCGAACAACUUGUUCUUUAAAAGGGUCGUUUUGUUAUGACGUGCAUGUCUUAUUUAAUUUUUUAAUCUUGUUUGAAGUUAUUGAUGAAAUACACAAGAGCUUCUGAUAGUGUUUCCGUCUGU